AUGGAUACAGCCACUUGCAACCGCGACAACGCCGUGCUCGUACGACGAACGCUUAAGGAUGACCUACCGGAAGUGAUCGCCAUGAUACAGGAGCUGGCCGACUUCGAGAAGAUGCCGGACGGACCGCAGCUCACGGUCGCCGAUCUGGUGCGGGACGGCGGCUUCGAUGGAGCGGUCGCCGGCGACGGGCCAGUGUUUCAUAGUUUCGUGCUCGAGCUCCAGUGCGACCCGCAGGGCCACGCUAAUCAGGACCACUCAACGUCAGUGCCGUCAUCCGAUCCGUGCGCUGCCAGCACGGGACCUCUAACCCGGCAACUGAUCGGAUACGCUAUCUGCUACUACUCGUACUCGACCUGGCAGGGUAAAUCGCUCGCGCUGGAGGACAUCUACAUCCGCCCGGCGUACCGUGGCCGUGGGUACGGGGAACAGUUCUUCAAGGCGCUGGCAAGACACGCCCGUGCAAGUGGCUGCUCGCGGCUGGACUUCCACGUGCUGGGCUGGAAUCCGGCGACCCGAUUCUACCGACGGAUGGGGGCCCAGGAUAUGACGGAAACGGAAAGCUGGCAUUUCUAUCGGUUGCAGAAGGAUGCGAUAGACAAACUUUGUACGGAGUGAAUACGAAGAAAUGGUUGACUACCAUUGCAGACUACCAAGCCAUUGCAAGUAUUGUGUACAGGCAGAUUCUAAGUAUUUUUUAAACCCCUAUACAAACAAUGUGGCAUUA